AUGCUACUAUUUCGAUAUUCAUUAGAGCUUUGUUCUCGAUGUCGUUUAUUACCUCGACAGAUUCGAUUAAUACAUCAAUCGGCAUAUCUUUUAGCACGCGGAAUUCGUCGUCGUCCUGUUGAACAUUCCGAAGAACCAGCAUCGCCAUUUACAAAGUUAGAUAAAAAUCUAUCGAUCGAUAAUGAUCACAGUAAUCAAAUGUCAGUACAAGAACAAUUUGCUCGUCUAGAAUUACAACGAUUAGAACAAGAAUCACAGAAGACCGUAGAUCAAUCUAGCAGUUCAUUUGUAGUGGAAGAUAAUCUCGAUGAAGAAGAAUUGGAAAAUGAUGAAAACAAACAAACCCGGCCAUUCAUCGAUCCAAGUACAACAAGUAUUAUUAUUUUUCCUGGCCAAGGUACGCAGUUUGUUGGCAUGGGGCAACAGGCGAUUAAUCAUCCAAAUGUUAAAGAAAUGUUUAAUAUUGCUCAUCGAAUUCUUGGUUACGAUCUCUAUUCUAAAUGUAUCAAUGGACCCAUAGAAGAACUCAAUCAAACUCUCUAUGCUCAACCUGCUAUAUAUGUAACAUCAUUGGCAGCUGUACAAAAGUUAAAAGCUGAAAAUCAAAAAGCAGUUGAAAAUUGUGUAGUAGCAGCUGGUUUUAGUGUUGGUGAAGUCACAGCACUUGUUUUUGCCGGUUGUAUGACAUUUGAAGAUGGCCUUCGUUUAAUUAAAACGCGUGCGGAAGCAAUGCAAUCAGCAUCGAACGAAGUCAAUAGUGGAAUGAUGUCGGUGUUUGUUGGUCGUGAAACAAAAUUAACUUUAGCCAUCGAUGCAGCACGAGAAUGGUGCAAUAAAUAUAUGAAAAUCGAUGUCCCUUGUAUACAAAUAGCGAAUCAUCUGUAUGCUGAAUGUAAAGUACUUGCUGGCCAUAAAGAGGCUUUACAAUUUAUUGCACAUAAUUAUAAAGUAUUUGGAAUACGUCGAAUUAAAUAUUUGCCUGUAAGUGGUGCGUUUCAUACACCGUUGAUGGCGUCAGCGAAGCUGAAAUUAAUCAAAGCAUUAGAUAAGAUUGAAAUGCAACCACCGCUUAUUCAAGUCAUGUCAAAUGUUACCGGUAAACGUCAUUCAAAUGAUGUUGCAUCUAUUAAACGAUCGCUAAGUCAACAAUUGACAAAAUCUGUACUAUGGGAACAAUCAAUACAUAAAAUGUAUCAACGUUCAAAACAGAAUACCUAUCCAAAUACGUUUGAAUGCGGUCCAGGACGACAACUUGGCUAUCUUCUUCGACUGAAUAAUAAUAAAGCUUAUCAACAGUAUCAUCAUGUUGAUGUUUGA